AUGUCGUCUCAAUCGGAGCCCAAUUCGAAGAGCGCAGCCAAAAAAGAAGCCAAGAGGCUCGAAAAAGAGGCCAAGCUCGCGGCCAAGGCAUUAAAGACCAACAACAACAAUUCCGGGGAGAAAAAGAUCAAGGUGGAGAAGAAAAAGGAGGAGGAAGAGGUUUUUGUCAACACGACGCCCAAAGGCGAGAAGAAGGGUAUCUCUCGCAACCCAUGUCGGCAGGGGUACAACCCCAUCGCGGUAGAGUCGGCAUGGUACGACUGGUGGCAUGCCCAGGGAUUCUUCAAGCCAGAGUAUGGUAGUGAAGCGAACGAGGAAGUCUUCGUUGUCCCGGCCCCUCCUCCCAAUGUGACGGGCAGUCUGCAUAUCGGCCAUGCGCUGACAACAGCAAUACAGGAUUCACUCGUUAGGUGGAACCGAAUGCUUGGGCGUAAGACGCUAUUUUCUCCUGGCUUUGAUCAUGCGGGAAUCUCGACGCAGAGCGUGGUGGAGAAACGGUUGUUCAAAAAUGAGGGAAAGACGCGACAUGACCUUGGACGAGAGAGGUUUUUGGAGACGGUCAUGGAUUGGAAGAACGAAUACCAAGCGAGGAUAACUAACCAGCUCCAUCGGUUAGGUGGGAGCUACGACUGGGAUCGCGUCGCGUUCACGAUGAAUGAGAGUCUGAGCAAAGCUGUUAUUGAGACGUUCUGUAGGCUACACGAAGACGGGAUCAUCUAUCGCGCAAAUAGGCUCGUGAACUGGUGUGUCCGUCUCAACACGACACUUAGCAAUCUAGAGGUCGACCAGAAGCAGUUGACGGGGCGCACGUUGAUGAACGUGCCAGGGUAUGACGCGAAAGAGAAGUUUGAGUUUGGGGUUAUCACGAGUUUUGCGUAUCCGUUGGAGGAUGGGGAGAAGGUGGUGGUGGCGACGACUCGUCCCGAGACAAUGCUAGGCGAUACGGCCAUUGCGGUGCAUCCCGACGACGAGAGGUAUCGACACCUUCACGGCAAGUAUGCAGUCCACCCGUUUGUAGAGGGGAGGAGGAUCCCAAUUGUCACAGAUGAGAUGGUGGAUCGGGAGUUUGGGACCGGCGCGGUGAAGAUCACGCCUGCUCAUGACCAGAAUGAUUGGGAAGUUGGUGUGAGGCAUAACUUGGAGGUAGUGAAUAUUAUGAACGAUGAUGGAACGUUUAAUGAGCAUGCAGGCCAGAGUGUGAUCAUACAGGGUAUGAAACGCUUCCAUGCCCGUGUUGCGGUCGUUGAGGCUCUCAAGGAAGCUGGACUGUUCGUUGAGACAAAGGAUAACCCUAUGAUGAUUCCCAUUUGCAGCAAAUCCGGCGAUGUCAUCGAACCCAUACUGAAGCCCCAGUGGUGGGUAAACUGCAAGCCUCUCGCCGAGGAAGCUAUCAAGCGAACACGCGCCGGCGAGCUCAUCAUCGCGCCUAAACAAUCCGAGAACGAGUGGUAUCGCUGGCUGGAGGGUAUCCAGGACUGGUGCAUCUCCCGUCAGCUCUGGUGGGGCCAUCGCUGUCCAGCCUAUUUUGUGAACAUCCAAGGGAAGGAGCAGGAUAAAAACGAUGGCAAAAACUGGAUCGUGGGUCGGACACUCGAGGAAGCGACGGAGCGCGCCAAGGUGCUUGCUGCUGGUCAGCCGUUCACGCUGGAGCAGGAUGAAGAUGUGCUCGACACUUGGUUCUCUUCUGGAUUGUGGCCUUUCUCAAUCAUGGGCUGGCCGGAAAAGACACCCGAUUUUGAGAAAUUCUACCCCUCAUCUCUUCUCGAGACAGGUUGGGAUAUCCUCUUCUUCUGGGUAGCAAGGAUGGUUAUGCUGGGAAUCAAGCUCACAGGGAGGGUGCCAUUCAAGGAAGUGUAUUGUCAUGCAAUGAUUCGUGACGCACACGGGAGGAAGAUGAGCAAGUCUCUCGGGAACGUUAUAGACCCGAUUGAUGUUAUACAGGGUUUGGAGCUGGAGAAAUUACACGAGAAGCUCCUCGAGGGAAACUUAGACGAAAAGGAGAUCAAGAAAGCGAGAGAAGGCCAGAAGAAGGACUUCCCCAAGGGUAUUCCUCAGUGUGGGACUGACGCGUUGAGGUUUGCCCUCUGUGCUUAUUCAGGUGGAGGGCGCGACAUCAAUCUCGAGAUCCUGCGCGUAGAAGGAUACAGGAAGUUUUGCAACAAGAUUUUCAACGCGACCAAGUUUGCGAUGCUCAAACUAGAUGGAGAGUUUGUCCCUGAAGCGGAUGCCAAGCCUACGGGCAAGGAGAGCCUAGUGGAGCGCUGGAUCCUGCAUAAACUCAAUAUCGCCGCCAGGGAGAUCAACACCCAAAUGGGAGAGCGCAAUUUUAUGAUGACCACGACGGCGGCAUAUAACUUUUGGCUGUACGAGUUGUGUGAUGUCUAUAUUGAAGCGAUGAAACCCAUGACGGACGACAAGGCGCCGAUAGAGACGAAGAAGUCUGCCCAGCAGACGUUGUAUACAUGUUUAGAUUACGGACUGAGGUUGUUGCACCCCUUCAUGCCGUUCGUGACUGAAGAGCUAUGGCAGCGUCUCCCGCGUCGACCGGGAGACACAACUCCAUCCAUUAUGAUUUCGAGGUUCCCGGUAUUUGAUGAGGCGUUCGUGUUUGAGGAUGCAGAUAGGGAAUUUGAUCUAGUGUUCUCCGUGCUCAAGGCUGGACGGUCCUUGGCCGCAUCGUAUAAUCUCCAGAGUGAUAUACAGUUCUUCAUACACGCGCAGGACGAUGCGAGGCUCAUUGAGAGUCAGCUACCAACGAUGGUUGCUCUGACGAAAGGAUGCAAGAGUGCUGUGGUCGUGAGCGAUUCAAAGGACGUUCCUGCCGGAUGUGGAAGUAGCGUCGUGACCAAAUCGAUUGUCAUACAUACACUUGUGAGGGGCCUGGUGGAUCUUGACCGUGAGAUUGCGAAAUGUGAAAAGAAGCUGGAUAUAGCGCGGUUGAGCCUCUCCAAACUAGCCAAGUUUGAGAAUGAGACUCUUCCGGAGAAUGUGCGGUUGGCAAAUGAGGAAAAGAAAAAGACUUUGGAGGCGGAGAUAAUGACAUUGGAAGCGUCACAGAAGAUGUUUGCAGAUUUAAAAUAGAAGUAUGUAGGAUUAGAAUGGCUGGAAGAUGGAUGUAUCCAUUGAUUUAGAAAUUGGUCGCGUUGUGCUAAUUUUGGUUUGCGGCAUAUUCCAGUCAGCUGUCGGCUUCGCCUUUUUCUUCCGACAGCUGAAUGGAUGUGCAUGACCGAUAAGUACUAGUACUGAAGUAAUUUUAUGCUUGGUUAUGAAGCAGGCUGUCGAGAAUGUGAUUCACGGAGAAUAUCUUAUCUCAUCUCAUCAUUAUACGACACGGUACCAUCAGGAACACCGGACGCAAGUGAUGAAUGUGCAUCUACCCGAUCUCUAUUGUCCUCGAUUUGAUUAUUUACUUGCUCAAAGCACGGUGAUCUCGACAAGAGAAUGUCUUGAUCAAUGCUUGCAGGCCAUCAGUGACAUAACCAUAAACAUAGCUAGGAGACUCGUAAUAGUCAUCAAAC